UAAUACCUGUCCUGAACCCUGUGCUGUUCUCCAGGAGAACUGACGUCAGCUUUGAUUAGCAUAUCUCCCUCUAUAUAUUUCAUGCUUGCGCAUUGGCGCGCCACAGUACUGCAACGUAAUUCAGCUUAAGACUUCAAACUACAGUCCGUCUACAAAGCAGACAACCAAUCAUGUCUGACAAACCAAACCUGGAUGAGGUCACCAGCUUCGACAAAAGCAAGCUGAAGAAGACUGAGACACAGGAGAAAAACCCACUGCCAUCUAAAGAAACCAUUGAACAGGAGAAGCAGGCGGCCUCGUGAAGACACAAGCUGCCAUCAUGCACUGUGCACACUCCCUUCCCUGCAUUGCCUUCUUUUCAUUCACUUCUUUUAGCAGUAUAACUUUGUAACCAAAAUGUAAAAAAAAAAAAAAAAAAAAAAAAAAAUGAAACCGAAAAAAAGAGAAAAUCUAAAGCUGCAUCACUGUCGGAUCGGAUGAGCCGACCCCUCUAGCAACACCUAGAUGUUUCUGGACUGCCUCCCUUGUCUAGUCCAGCGAUGAGAAGGAAAGAGAGAGCUUCUACUUCCAGGAGCAUGUGGCAUGGAUUCAUCUGGUGCCCAUGGUGGGCUAUUUUGCAUUGGUUUCGACUUUGCCAUAGGACAAGGGGGCGUGGCCUAGUGGAUAUCCCCAAAUAUUCAUCAUCCGAUUGAGGCGUGGCUUUUUGUUGAAAAGUGACCAGCUCACAAAGUUAUGGCAUUGUAUUUUUUAUUUCAAAUUAUAGGAUAAACUGCACAAUCUUGGAUUUUUAUGUUGGUAAUGAUUAACACCUUCUUGUUAGUGCUGCUUCAGUGAAAUGCUUUUUUAUUGGUAAGAAAGAAGAAGAGAAAAAAAAGCAAAUUCAGUCUAGAUGUGAAAACACUUAUAAGGACCGGGUGUUGUAUGUUAAUUGAUUGUACCCUUUUUAUCGAUGUGGUUUUGGGGUUGCUUUGUGUUGCGCCCUAUCUUGGUUGUCUUAUUGUAUGGCGGUUAUCAUCGUUCAAAAUGUAAAUUCAAUGUGAUCGCUUUCAGCUGUAGAUCAAAUUUUUUUUUCUUGGGUUUUGUAAAAUGAAAAAACCUCAGCAACCAUGUUAUAUUGCCACAAACCAUUUAUCGAUAAUGGAACAUUGAAACUGUUGUAAUAAAAAACUUUGUUAUCAGGA